GCGCAUCCACCGCGGCAGAUGUUGCCAGAGCAAUUGAAUUACUGGAAAAACUGCAGGAAUCUGGAGAAGUACCAGUGCACAAGCUACAAUCCCUCAAAAAAGUGCUCCAGAGUGAGUUUUGUACUGCUAUUCGAGAGGUGUAUCAAUAUAUGCAUGAAACGAUAACUGUUAAUGGCUGUCCUGAAUUCCGUGCCAGGGCCACAGCAAAGGCAACAGUUGCAGCUUUUGCAGCUAGUGAAGGCCACUCCCACCCUCGGGUAGUCGAGCUGCCAAAAACAGAUGAAGGCCUUGGUUUUAAUGUGAUGGGAGGAAAGGAGCAAAAUUCCCCCAUUUAUAUCUCUCGCAUCAUUCCUGGAGGGGUGGCCGAAAGACACGGAGGCCUCAAGCGAGGAGACCAGCUACUAUCAGUGAAUGGAGUGAGUGUGGAAGGAGAACACCAUGAGAAAGCUGUGGAACUACUCAAGGCUGCUAAGGACAGCGUCAAGCUGGUGGUCCGAUACACCCCGAAAGUCUUGGAAGAAAUGGAGGCUUGCUUUGAAAAGCUACGGACAGCCCGGCGUCGGCAGCAGCAACAACUGCUAAUUCAACAACAGCAACAGCAGCGGCAGCAACAAACACAGCAAAACCACAUGUCAUAGGUCCUUGAAGCUACUUGAUCAAACACCCAAUAGUCACAAGUUUGAAACCGUGCUUCAGAAUCCCAGCACAUAGUAAAGGAAAAGACAACACUGAUAAUUAUACCUGUCAAGAAACUGUGAACACGUGGUGUAUAAAUUCUUUACCAAGGCAACUCGACACCUUCUUUCUCUGGGGCUGAACCCCCGCUGCUCACGUGCUUUUUACACACACAGACCUUCCAUUCACUGCAGUGGGAAUUCUCAGUGUGUAAAGGGAGAGGUUUUCCAGUCUGCAGACUGAAACAGUAUAAGAAGAAUAAAGUCCAUGACUUUCAGAUAAAUCACCAGGGCCAGGGUUAAGUGAAUCUUGGGUCUAUAGCUUUUCCAGAGAUUAACAAAUCCCUCAUUAGGCUAUAGUUCAAACUGCAUCAGUUCAAGGUUGUCGCCACUCAAAAGAAACCUACACAUUGCCCCUCACCCGGACCUGUUCCACGUCUGUAUUGCUGAGGUGUCUGAAUUAGAAUUCCAGUUAAUUGCAAACUCAACCUCUGUUCCCCUCUUGAA